ACAAUUCAAGCAGGCCUGGGAACGUCUGUUUUCAUUAGAGAGAGGGUGGUCCAUAAGGACAACCUUAAAUAGUGGUUGCUUUCAAGUAAAAAUUUGAGAUUGAAAAUAGUACUUUAAUAGUUUAAGCGCACAACGAUUUUCAUUCCUCGUUUCUUUUAUUUAAUUCUAUUAGUAUUAGGGGUAGUACAUGGUCGGAUUAUUGACUACUCCCACUCCAGCUAUAUCUCGGUAAUUGACGGAAAGGUAUUGGUAUGGAAAUAAGCAGAUUAUUAAAGGCCCCUAUUAUGAGUUGCAUUCGAUCUUCGCUAUUCGCUGGCUAUCGAAAAUCGAAUGUCAAAUUCGUAUUAUGAGCUAUGCAACUCUGUCGAAAUUUUCGUUGAGCAUCGAAAUGGCUGUCGAACAGAAUUUACCUAUCGACAGCGUAGCGUAGUGAAUGGAAAUUUGUGAAAAUGUCGAAAGUCGUGAGCACUAAACAGCAGUUGGAAAAACUGGUAGCUUUAAUGGAAGAAAAUCCACAAUUUGCAAGAGGGAUUUGCACCAAAGUUCAGGCGGCAACAAAAUGGGAGGGAUUUGCUUUGGAGCUGAACUGUUUGGGUCCACCAACUAGACCAGCGGCAAAGUGGAUGAAGGUAUGGGCUGAUAUGAAGUCAAAGACAAAGAAAAAACUGUCGCAAAACAAAGCGGAGUACAGAGCAACAGGCGGAGGUACUAACAGGCUGCAGGGAUUUUCUAAUACUGAAGAGAGUAUUAUUGGCUUACUUGAGUUUGAUGCCUGCAUAAACCCGCCGGGAGCCGAAUUUGGUCUGGAUAUAAGUGGCGAUGUUGAACCACAACUUCCAGCUCCAACAAAUCCCACCCCACAUCCUCAGGCUGAAGAAAGUGAAGUGGAGUUUCAUUCUGAGGCUUACGAGCCUCCAGCACGCAAAACGCGGCCAAUUAAAAAAUGCAACAAGGCAGAGAGGCUGAGGUUACUGGACUCCCAGACAAAUGCCCAGAAACAGUACUACAAAGAAAUGGUCUCCACUUUAGGGGUCAUACGAAAAUGUGCUGAAGAAAAAGUGGAAUACCUAAAGAAACAGUAUGAACUGGAUAAAAACGCAACAGAGGUAAUGCUACAGCUGAAAAAGGAAAAAUUGCGGGUUUACAAAGAAGAAGUUUUAAAAAUCCAGCAAGAUCGCAAAUCAAAACUGCAGUUAAAACUUGCAAUUUUAGAGCUAAAAAAAAUCUUUAAAUAAUUCUUAACUUUUAUAUUUAGAUCUAAG